GGGCCCAUGAAAUGUGAUCACUCAAGAAGGUAAGGAAAAAUUUUGUCGUUUUAUUUCAGUUAUUUUCUUCUCUUUGUUAAAAGAACCCUUCGUUGCCAUGUCAGAGUCACCAUUGAAACGUAAACGCUCUCGAAUAGCCUGCGAACCUUGUCGCGACCGCAAAAGAAGAUGCGACGGCGGCCAACCAUGUGAUUCCUGUCUCCGAUUCGAAUACGAGUGUUAUUACAAAAGCCAUUCCGGGCAUAGCAAAAAAGCUAGACACAACCAUGAGCAAUCGUCGUUGUCAUUAUCAGCUUCCGCAAAAGCAGACCCCUUACCUCCUCCGUCAUUAGAAGCGAAUUCCGGUGCAAACUUUGCCAGGCAAUUGGCGUUGAAAAUUGACCCUCAGAAUGCACCGAGAUUACAUUUAUUCUCUUGGAACAUCGGAGAGAGGUAUAGUACUUCCAGAUCUAAGCGGGUUUCGACAUUAUCAACGGAAGAUAUAUCGAGCACGGGCAUCGUGGAUGAAUUGUCUGCGUUCUAUUUCGAAAAGGUGGACAUUUGUUACAAUUUCAUUGAUCGAGCAAAAUUCUUUCAACGAUGGAAGGUUCGGCAACUUGUCAAGAACGAAAGAAAGCCAUUCGAUGCAAUCUUGUUUGGGGUGACCGCGCUUGGAAGUCUUUUUUCUAAUCGGGUUGCACCUUCCUUAGAACUGCAGCUUGUUGAUUCUGCGCGGUCAAUUCUAGAUGAGUAUUCCGGAGAAACACCAACAAUAGAGACAAUCACGGGACAACUUCUUAGAGUUGUUUAUCUGCGUAUGACAGCAUCACCUCAUGUCGCAUGGAUGUCUAGUUGUACGUUGAUGCACAUGAUUGAAGCAGCAGGUCUUCAUAUCCCAACUCCCACAGAUGAUUCUUCGAUACAAUCAGUAGCAGACAGCAAUUCAGAGUUACGAUGGAGGUUAUUGGGUGUAGCACAACAUCUGAAUACUUGGAUCUCCUUCGAUCUCGGCCGGUCUAGGGUCGUGCUCCAAGGAGGAGUGCCCUCGGUGCUCCCAUAUCUGAAUCACCAAGAUUCAACGAAAGAGCUUCUUAGCUUAUUGCCCAUGUCCGAAGCUUUGGAUCCAAGUAAUCAACAAAAUGCAUCAAAUCUCGAGUCUGCAUUCGUGCAAGUCUUGGAUAGCAGCCACAUACAACCGCCAUCAGUAAUGGGCCAGUGUAAUCUCAUGCUUUGCAUCUACCGCCGUCUCCGCGCUUUGAAUCUUACUGUCUCUCCGGAACUUUUAGAUCGAGCUCUCACACUAAUGAGUAAAAGCUUACGUUGUGCCAGAGAAAUGGUCCGAACAAACUGUCCUUGGCAUCACAUGGCUAACGUACCCUUCCAAAUUAUUUGUACACUCCUCGCUAUCGAUAGCCGAGGUUCAUUAUCGAGACUGGGAGAUGCAAUGAAAACUCUUGGGGAGGUAUCAGCGGCUUAUGAUACGAGUGUCAUGAGAGAAGCAUAUAAAACUGCUCGAUUGCUAGUUUUUCUUUCUCAAAAGAAGAAAGAGGAUGAUGCAAAGAUGCUUAGUGAAGUCAUGAAGGCCGAUCCAUCACCAUCCGCUGACCCUACAAUAGACAGAAGUACUAGUCAAGCGCUGCAGGAUAUUGGGUAUGGUGAUUCGUGGCUAGAAUCACUUCUUGCGGGUGUACCUGGACUGGAAGAUAUUGACGAACAAUUCGCAAUGACUAAUAUGCCAUGGACAUUUCAAGGUUCAAACGCUUAAGGGUAGUAGUAGUAGUUUAAAUCCAUUUUUUCGACAUUGCAAACAAAAAGGGCAAACUACACAGAGACCAAAAGUUUUCGGGCCAUAAGACAGACCGAAAGAUGACUUGAAAGAUUACAUCAAAAAUAUAGAUUCAAAUCAGAACAUCAAUAAAAGCCCAUCUCUGUCCA